ACUUUUUUACGUGCAAUGGCCUUAAGGCCCUUAAGUAACGUCGAACGUAACCUCAUGGCUACUACAACCAUGCGUCUCUCGUGCAACAUGGCGACCGGCAAAGGACUGGCUGUGAUUUUCCGACAGAAAACUAUCAACUUGAUCGGCAAUAAUAAGCUAAACAAAUUUUCGUGCAAUGUUUUGCAACAGUGCAACACUUGUGAGCGACACAUGGCGACUAUUGCAUCGACUGUCGGUGGCUCAAAUCGCAGCAAAGCAGAGAAAGGUAACUUGGGAAGGAUAGCUCAGCCACACAGGGCCUUACAUUUAACAAAUAGAUUGUUGAAACGUAAUUAUUAUGAAAUUUUGGGAGUAUCUAAGAAUGCUUCAGCAAAAGAUAUAAAAAAGGCUUAUUAUCAACUCGCUAAGAAAUAUCAUCCUGAUACGAAUAAGAAAGACCCAGACGCCAGCAAAAAAUUUCAGGAGGUUUCUGAGGCAUAUGAAGUGUUGAGUGAUGACACCAAGAGAAAAGAAUAUGAUACAUGGGGCGCAACCUCUGAACAGAUGGGAAUGGGAAUGGGUCAGGGAUCGAGUCAGGGGCCCAAAAGCUACAGUCAACAUUGGCAAUAUAGAUCAACUAUUAAUGCCGAAGAAUUAUUUAGAAAGAUAUUUGGCGAUGCUGGAUUUCAAAGUACAUCUUUUAAUGAUUUCGAAGAUUUCACAGAGUCACAGUAUGGUUUUGGAGCAGCUCAAGAGGUGAUAAUGAAUUUAACGUUUUCUCAAGCUGCUAGAGGUGUGAACAAGGACAUCAAUGUGAAUGUAGUAGACAUUUGUCCAAAAUGUCAAGGUACGCGUUGUGAACUUGGAACGAAGCCGGUAAAGUGUCACUAUUGCAAUGGUACCGGAAUGGAAACAAUAAGCACUGGUCCUUUUGUGAUGAGCUCGACUUGUCGGUAUUGUCACGGCACAAAAAUGCACAUCAAGUUUCCUUGCACAGAAUGCGCAGCAAAAGGACAAACGGUGCAACGUAAGAAAGUAACCGUGCCAGUUCCAGCCGGAGUGGAGGACGGUCAAACGAUCCGCUUGGCGGUGGGCAGGAAGGAGAUAUUUGUGACAUUCCGCGUGGAGAAAUCUCGUUACUUCCGCCGUGACGGGCCUGACGUGCACACCGACGCGGAAGUCUCGUUGGCGCAGGCGGUGCUCGGCGGUACGAUACGAGUGGAGGGCGUGUACGAUAACCAGACUAUACAAGUAAUGCCGGGCACGUCGUCCCACACGCGGAUCCGUCUGAGCGGCAAAGGAUUGAAGAAGGUCGAUGGAAUCGGUUAUGGCGAUCAUUACGUGAACAUUAAGAUCACUAUACCUAAACAAAUGACUGAGAAACAGCAGGCGUUGCUCCAAGCGUACGCCGAGCUUGAGAACGACACCCCCGGCAGUAUAUACGGUGUAACAAACAAAACGGAUGGUACGAAAGAGUGCUACUCAGGUCCACUACACUUAGUAGAAUCCAUACGAACAGCAUUGGGAACCAUGUCUCAUCGCGAGGAACAGUCUUCUGAACCUGAGCAUCCAGGAGACAAGCCUCUUAAUAAUAAGUCUGUGCAUGCUACCAAAGAUACAUCGGAUAGAAAAAGUGAAACUGACGCUGGAAAGCAACGACAAAAAAUGUCGUAAGACAGAAUCACGAAUAUUUUAAUGUUAUUUACAGCGAUCUAGAAAAUGUUAUUAAUGCCAUUGUAUCAUUGAUAAAUGCGCGAGUAUCGGACAACGGGAUUUAGGGGCCUGAUGUCAUGUACACUUUCAUUUUAAUUUGACCAAAAAAAAAAAAAAUCGUGACGAGUAAACGAGUAAAGUCAGCCUGAUGUCGCUUAGAUAAUUUUAGCUGUACAGUCGUAGUAUACGAGUUUGUCUUUAUUUGUUACAUCUUAUUUAAAUAAAGUGUACAUGAAGAUACAUACAGCAGAGUUAUUUGUACAUCGCAAUUGCCAUGAUGUACAUUUGUAAAAUAAAUUCUGCACACCACUAUGUGCCUUUAUGUAUUACAUCCUAUUGUA